UGUGGCAGACUCAAACCAAACAUACCUGUCGGGCUCACCAUGCUCAGAUCACGCACACUCCACCAACCCAUCUCCUGCGUGCUGCUGCUCCUCGUCUCCAUCUCAAGCUCAGCGGAGAGCCGGCCUCACGUGGCCCACGAAGCCACACCUGAUGUGGACAGAACACACAGCCAGAGGGUGCUGCUUCUGGAGGCGGUGAAGACCGGGAUCCUCGGCUCGCUGGGCAUCGACAGGGAGCCAAGUCCGACCCGGAAAGCCUCGGAGGAAGAACUGAGGAGGAUGUAUCAGCUCUACAGGGAAAAAGUGAGCGAGAUGAGAGGAAAUUCCAGCCAGCUGAUGAAGGAAACCUGGCAAUCCACUAUGUCUACUGUGCUCUUUCCAGCUACAGUGGAGUCAAUAAAGGUGGUUCGGAGGGGAGAACACCCACAUCCACAUCCAGGUCAACGCAUGCAGUGGUACAGAGCUGUUUUCCACAAAAAAACCAAUAUCCAGACUGAACUGACACUAGCUCGAGCUGAGCUGAGGAUUUCCAGGCAGAUUUUAGAUAAACCAUCUUCAGUUCAGCUCGGGGCAAGACGAGAGAUUAAAGUUAAAGUCAGCAGAAUGACACAGAUGAAUUCUGCUGCAUGGACACACAUAAAGACUCGUGCCAAUGUGUCAAGCACUGGAGAUUUGAUGCUGGACAUCAGCCGUGAGGUGGAGAGGUGGUUCAGGACUGAUGUUGGAGAGGCACUAGUUGUGGUUGUGGGGAUCGCCAUCGAUGUAAAAGAUGCCCCCAUGGCAAACCCAACCAUUUCUCUGGAGUUAGGCCUCACACAGCCCAAACCGGCCCGGAAGACGAGGCUGCCUCGCUCUAACAAGGAAGACAUCUGCAGUGAACAAGGAUGGUGCUGCCGGAAGUCUGUCACUGUGUCCUUCAAAGACAUCGGCUGGACUGAUUGGGUGGUGGCCCCGGCUGAGUACACAAUGCAUUUCUGCGACGGCACCUGCCCCCAUAACUACAAGCCUGCAAGCAUGCAUACGCAGGUGAAGUCUCGGCUGCAUCAGAUUACCAAAGGAGGGUCACCCAACCCCUGCUGCGUGCCGGCGGCCUACGAGCCAAUGGUCCUAAUGCACUAUGACAGUGGGGGAAAGUUGAAGCUGACUCCUUUCGAUGACUUGAUUGUCAGUAAAUGUCACUGUGCCUGAGGAACUGUGUCUUUUUAAAGUUAAACCUUUGGGAGAGUUUAGCCACUAAAAAAUAUGUUACAUGCUGAUUGUGUUGUCUUAGAAACAUUGUACAUCAGCUGCAUACUUAUUGUAUUUUACUGGUUAACAAUAUAAAAAUUGCAAUGAUCCACUUUACUUUGAAGAAAGACAUGUUACUGCUGCGCAGAGCCACUGUUUUGUUUCUGCAUUGUGGAUCAAGCAGUAGACCUGUUCAUUCAUGGUUUUAUUUAUGUUUAUUUAUGACCUAAACUUAUAUUAUUGUCGUUGUUUUAUGUUACAGCAUAUUUUGGUACUAUUUAAUUUUAUUGUCAUUGUCAUUAUUUGAAGUACUGUAUUGU